AAUCUCAAUGCUUCACAAUCGGAAUGUGGAUACCAUUUUCAUUCUUCCAUCUACCGCCCAAAGAGUUAUCAUCAGCUCAGGAAGCAACUACAAACCGUGCCGUUGAAUACUGAAUUCCAGCCAGGCGCUGGAGCAGUUUGUACACAGCCUCCAGAACAGAGGAAGAGUAAGAUGAAAUGAUUUCAUUGAUCUGUCUCCAGAUUAUGGCAAACAGGGGAAAAGUGAACUGAGAAGGUGAGAAGAGCUGUUCCCUUGAUGGUUUCUCUGUUGUCACACACAUUACACUUCAUGAUUCGACGAGGGCCAAAGUCGUGAGACCAGAUUUAGAUCCCUCCUCCAGACACUGACCAAUUAAGUCAACCAGGUGAUUGAAUGUUGAUGCCACCAAUAGCAGCAGUCAGGACUGGACAUGGGAAUCUAUUUGCUAUAUGGGGCUUCUAAGUUGUCGGACCUGCUAGCUCUUUGCUGUCGCGAUUGACAGUAACGAGAAAUUGAAACAAGGGAAGAACGUCCCAACUCUCUGACCCACAGGAAGAGGGAACUGUGGUAGAGGCGGGAUGCUAGAAUUGGCCGCAAGAGGGAAUCAUGGAAGCACCGCAGAACAAAUAUCCGGAUUCCUGAGCGAGGUGCAGAGUUCUGGUUUUGCAAGUUUCUCGUUUGCAGCCACAAACUGGGGAAACCCUGAGGAUUGGGUGUGUUCACUGCGGCCACGGAUUCCGAGCAGGCGUCAGGCGACGUGUGGAAUUGCGUGAGCAUUCAUGGUGAAUGCCGACAAGAGUACUGAAAGAUCUUUGUCUGCCCGUAGCCACAGGUUGUGAGUCAGCGGCACCACCAGUGAGAGGGAGUUGGAGUAGGGGGUCAGACCGGGCGAUGAAUCUCAGCCUGAGGUACAGGAAUCCGGAGGAACCGAAUGAAUGUCUGUGCCGUGUCAGCGCAGGGGCAAUGGAGUAAUUUUCUAAUCGAUUGGGCGAAGUUGAGGGGCAGUGUUGCAGUGGCGGGAGAUUUUGUUCGCGAGCUGUACAAAUGCCCAGCUUUAUAAAUUCCCCUUCACUUCCCGUGAUAAAGAUGCAGGUUGCCUGUUUGAACGUGUCGUCAAUCGCCGCGAGGAUUCCAAUGCCGAUUCGGAGUAAUGUUAGUCGCUUGUCGAACCAGCCCGGCGUCGUGCAGAUACGGCGCCCUGUUAUCCUGUUCGAUGUGAUGGGCACCAUCGUCCGCGAUCCCUUUCAUGACCGAAUGCCUGCAUACUUCGGAUUCACUUUCAAGGAGCUCUUAGCCGCUAAACAUCCCACAGCUUGGAUUGAGUUUGAAAAGGGCUUAUUGAGUGAGGAAGAAUUCGCUGCGAGCUUUUUCCAGGACGGAAGAGAGUAUGAUUACGAAGGAUUAAAACAAUGUAUGUCAAGCGGUUAUGAGUAUUUAGAUGGAAUGGCGACCCUCUUGCAGCGUUUGAAAGGUGCAGGUUUUGAGAUGCACGCUUUCAGCAACUAUCCCAGCUGGUACACUAUGAUUGAAAACAAACUGAAAUUAUCCCAGUACCUGCCCUGGACUUUUGUAUCCUGCCACUCAGGCUUAAGAAAACCAGAUCAUCAAGCAUACUUGGACGCUGCAGAGCACUUGGGUGUUCAGCCGUCAGAGUGUAUAUUCGUCGAUGACCAGCCACGGAAUAUAGAAGCAGCAGCGAAGGUGGGAAUGUUGGCAAUCCAGUUCCAAAAUGCUGAAACUUUAGAGAAGGAGCUCGUGGCAUGUGGGUGCAGCCUCCAACCUGAAGUGAGCUUCUCUUCUAAAGUCGUAUGUGAUCAAAGUUAGAAAACAACCGGUCCUCUCUUGCAGACUAUGCGUACUCAGGGUCCCAGUAAUUUUGACUGACUGGGUGCACUCGGUUAAGCAUAUAUUAGGGUUUUGCAAAGUCAAAGCUCCAAGUGAACGUAGGAUGAACUUGAAAUAGAGUCUCAUAGAUGCGUGGAAACAGAACCCCAUCUUUUGCCAAUUUCUGACGUUUUGACACGAUCUAGAGUGAACGUCUGCCCAAAGAUACAAGAGCAGAUGAGGGGUAUUAGGUAUGUACAUCAAACAAGGCAAUUGCCAGUUUAGAAAUCUAGACCUGGUUCAACUCUUUUGUACAGUAGGAAAUGUAAUGAAAUUCUUCGGAGGCACGUGAGAAAUCUGAAGGAUCUAAGAACAGGGAAAAUCUGCAAUCUGCAAUGAUCUCACCUGCAUGCAACUGAAAGAGGGCAACGAAUAAUCUUCGCUGUGAAAAGUCUUUGUACCAUAUGAACUUGAGUAAGACUGGCUUCUUCAUCAAACAAAGCGCGGCAAACAACUCUUGCCAUCCCGUACACUUCAUAUGGAAUAAGGGCACGCAAAAAGAAGCAGAGGUUGCGAGAGGUUUCGAGAGGUUUCGAGAGGCGAAAUGCCUCUCGAAACGGUCACCAUAAAUUGUUCAUGCUUCUGACACUUUGUUUACCAUCGUUUGCGACUCUGAUAGCCUUGUCGGUACUUUCAAUCAUAAUAU